CAUGAAUACCGCGGACUGCAUUUCAAACCGCGGUUACGGUAGGACGGAACGUUACGAUCAGAAAAACUACCGUACCAAUUAUCGCUGCAGUUUCAAAGCCAGAAUUCUUCGCUUUCCGAUAACCUUCCAGAUAGUGUCCCAGUUCUUAAAAAGUCAAAAAAUUAUCCUUCAACUGCGAGAGAAAUAGUUCAAUGAAAAUCACCUGAAAUCCCAAAUACUCGAAGGCAUCGGGAAUGAUAUUUUAUCGAUCAGCAUUUUUCGUACGAUGAUUCGUGAUAAAAAAUGCGAGCAAUGAUCCAUCGAAACGUCAUCUGGCUGCUGAACGUGGUGGCAUUUGUGACAACCUUACCCUUAAAUCAAGCUUUCAAAAUCUACAAUCGACGCGAUCCAGAACGGAAUGGCCUCUUCGAGUUGUCGGUCAUCCAUUUCAGUGAUUUUCAUGCCAGGUUCCUUGAAAUCGCUCCAAAUUAUGGGCCUUGCAUCGAGGGUUCGGAAAACGAAUGCGUCGGCGGACUUGCGAGAAUAUCGACAGAGUCACGUCAACUGUUGAAUGAUCGACCGAACCCGAUUUUUUUAAAUGCCGGAGACAACUUUCGUGGAACAAAUUGGUACAACGUUCAUCGAUGGAACGGAACGGCGACUUUUUUGAACAUGCUUCGGCAAGAUGCCAUGACUCUCGGCAAUCACGAGUUUGACGACCAGAUACCUGGCCUGGUAUCGUUUUUGAAGGCCGUCAACGUUCCGGUCGUAGUAGCGAAUCUCGAUGAUACCGAAGAACCGUCUUUAAACGGAUUGUACAGCAAAAGUAUGAUUAUCGAGAGGAACGGUACCAAAAUUGGUAUAAUCGGAGCGGUCACCUCAGAGACGAAACAACUGGAGGUAGGGGGACUAAAAUUCCUCGAUGAACUGAAGAGCGUUAACGCCGAAGCAUCGAUAUUGAAAAACAAUGGCAUCGACAUAAUCAUCGUUCUGAGUCAUUGCGGUUUGGACAUCGACAGAAUCAUUGCUGCCCGGUGUCCAAACGUCGAUCUUAUAGUUGGCGGUCACUCGCACGUCCUGUUAUAUUCAGGGACUCCUCCGAGCACCGACAUUCCUGUGGACACGUAUCCUGUCGUUGUGAGACAGGAGGACUCGGAUAGAAAAGUUUUAAUAGUUCAUUCUGGAGCUAAAACUAAAUACUUGGGGAACAUCAGUGUCUGGUUCGAUACGGCAGGUGAAAUCGUGUCUUGGGAUGGUAAUCCGAUUUUUCUGGACAAUUCCGUUGAACAGGAUCCUGAAAUUUUGGCUGCUUUGGUACCGUGGAAGGUUGACGUUGAUAUGCUCGACGCCUUGAUCGUCGGAUCCACGAUGGUAAAACUUGAAAAUAAUUGCACCUACGGUGAGUGCAAUAUCGGCAAUUUUAUCACAGAUGCAAUGGUGGAUACGUGGGUCGAUAAGGCCGAGAACGGAAGUUGGACAUACGCGGCUAUUGCUUGUAUCAAUGCACGGGGAAUUAAAACAAAUCCAUCGGAUACAAGGGGAAACAUCACCUACAGUAUGGCCCUGAGACACCAGAGUUUCGACGGUCGUUGGGACGUCGUGGAGUUGCUCGGAUCCGACCUGAUUCAGGUUUUGGAACACAGUGUCGCUGAGAGUUGGUCUUCGGACGUAUUUAUAGGUAAACGCUUUUUGCAAUGGUCGGGAAUCAGGGUAACGUUUAACCUGGAUAAUAAAGUUAAUUCCAGAGUGACGAGUUUGAAAGUCAGAUGCCGUCGUUGCCAGGUACCGAUUUACGAAGACCUUGUAAUGGACAAAUGGUACCGGAUUGUCGUAUCCUCAUUUCUUACCAACGGAGGCGAUGGUUACACGAUUAUAAAGAAUCGACGUCGUAAUUUGGCAGCGGGAAAAAUGGACAUCGAUAGCUACGUGAAGUACAUAAAAAAAAUGAGUCCCAUAGUAAUCGGAAUCGAGGGCAGGAUAACCAUGGAAGGAAAGUGGCGUGGAUAGACAUCUAUCGAUUAGAAAAUUUCGACAACGAACGUAUUUUCACGUCUGUGUGUUGUAACAUUUCGUUAUUCUACAGCAAGGAUAGGCACCUACCUAUUGAGGAUAAUUACAUUGAUCAUAAUUUGAAUCAUUUAGUAGUUUGUUUGAAAAACUGUUCUCCACACUUUGCGUCGACUGUCGCGAAGCGGACCAGGCGAUGGAGGUGGCGAAAAAAAUCGAUUCAACGAUCUACGUCCAGGUACAUUUAUCAACGCAUAAAAAAAAAAAAAUUACGGCCUCAUUUUUUCAUACCAAUCGUUAUAAUUGAUAUCACUACACAUACAUCACGUACAGAACAAACUUUACAGUAUAUCAAAGUGUAAUCGUUGAAGUAAUAUUUUAAAAUAAAUUUUUUAAACACAUCAAGA